AUGUAUGGCAUCAACACAAACUACGACUCCACGGCGACCAGAGACGGAGUCCCCUUGGCUGCUCGAGGCCCAACCCACGAGCAAGACACCGGGGCCGCCGUCAACGACGAUCCGACCAAGACCGAGUCUACUUCCCUCACAGAAGUUCACAAUGACGACGACGACUCUGUUGAAGCGGAAAUAUUUCGUCGCUCAUCCGCCGUCCAGGCUCUUGCACGGUCCUACUCGCGAACUUCUGCAGCCAUGGCGCCAGGACAGAAUCCGUUCUUUGCGGACGAGCACUCCCCUUUAAAUCCAAACUCGCCCAAAUUCAGCGGCCGGGAGUGGGCAAAGGCCGUUGUUAAACUCGCCGUGCGGGACGGGAAAUCAUUCCGUUCUUCGGGCGUUUGCUUUCGGAACCUCAAUGUCCACGGUUUCGGCGCCGCCACCGACUAUCAAAAAGAUGUCGCCAACGUCUGGUUGUCGGCGGCUGGCGUCGCUCGCCAGCUAACGGGGAGCGGCAAGCAGCGCAUCGACAUUCUGCGCAACUUUGACGGCUUGGUUCGCAAGGGGGAGAUGCUUGUUGUUCUGGGCCCCCCCGGCUCUGGCUGCUCUACCUUUCUCAAGACUAUUGCCGGCGAGAUGAAUGGUAUCUUCGUUGAAAAGGGCUCUUACUUCAAUUAUCAAGGCAUCUCGGCCGAGGAAAUGCAUACCAGACAUCGUGGCGAGGCAAUCUACACCGCAGAAGUUGAUGUCCACUUUCCCCAAUUGUCUGUUGGUGAUACUCUCACCUUUGCUGCGCGGGCACGUCAACCUCGAGACCUACCGGAGGGCCUCAACAAGCAUGACUUCGCCAACCACGUGCGUGAUGUUGUCAUGGCCAUGUUUGGCAUAUCACAUACCAUCAACACUCGUGUCGGCAAUGAGUAUGUCCGUGGCGUAUCUGGUGGCGAGCGAAAGCGUGUGACCAUUGCGGAGGCAACCCUCUCUGGCGCUCCUCUACAGUGCUGGGACAAUUCGACUCGAGGUCUCGAUGCCGCCAAUGCUGUCGAGUUCUGUCGCACCCUCCGUCUGCAAACCGAACUCUUUAGUAGCACCGCUUGUGUCUCCAUCUACCAGGCGCCUCAGACUGCCUAUGAUCUUUUCGACAAGGCGGUUGUCUUGUAUGAGGGUCGACAGAUCUUCUUUGGGCGGGCCGACGAAGCAAAGCAAUAUUUUGUCAACUUGGGCUUCGAAUGCCCAGCUCGUCAGACUACUCCCGAUUUCCUCACCUCGAUGACUUCGUCUCUGGAGCGCAUCGUCCGCCCUGGCUUUGAAGGCAAGGCACCUCGCACGCCUGAUGAGUUCGCCGCUGCUUGGAAGAACAGCCCCGAGUAUAGGGCUCUGCAGGCGGAAAUUGAAAUGUACAAGGAAGCCCACCCUGUUGACGGUCCUGACGCAGAGGCCUUCCGUGCCUCCCGCCGUGCACAACAGGCCAAAGGCCAGCGCAAGAAGUCCCCCUUUACUCUCUCCUAUGCCCAACAGAUCAAGCUUUGUUUGUGGCGCGGCUGGAAGCGCCUUGCUGGCGAUCCAAGUCUGACUGUUGGUGCCCUCGUUGGGAACCUCAUCAUGGCUCUCAUUAUUGGCAGCGUUUUCUACAACCUAGAUGAUACGUCGUCUAGUUUCUUCCAACGUGGCGCACUGCUCUUCUUCGCUUGUCUUAUGAACGCUUUUGCGUCCGCUCUCGAGAUUCUCACGCUUUACUCACAACGGCCAAUCGUCGAGAAACAUUCUCGUUAUGCGCUUUAUCAUCCCUCAGCCGAGGCAGUCGCUUCCAUGCUUUGCGAUAUGCCGUACAAGAUUGCAAACGCAAUCAUUUUUAACAUCACACUCUACUUCAUGACAAAUCUACGACGAGAACCAGGUGCCUUCUUUUUCUUCCUACUCAUAAGCUUCUCAACGGUCAUGGUCAUGUCUAUGAUCUUCCGAACCAUUGGUUCUGCCUCCCGAACUCUAUUUCAGGCUCUGGUACCCGCGGCUAUUCUCAUUCUCGAUCUUGUUAUUUUCACCGGGUUCGUACUGCCCAAACAGUAUAUGCUUGGAUGGUGCCGCUGGUUGAGCUACAUCGACCCUCUCGGCUAUGCAUUUGAGGCUCUCAUGGUUAAUGAAUUCCAUGAUCGCGAGUUCAGGUGCACAGACUAUGUGCCAACCUCGAAAGCGCCCUUUGCUGGUGCCGCCCAGGUUCUCGCUAAAUACGCCAAUGUGGCCUCUGAAAACCAAAUAUGUUCUCAAGUUGGUGCUGUCGCUGGAAACCCUAAUGUGAAUGGAGACGCCUACGUCAUGUCCAACUUUGACUAUGAUUGGAAUCAUCGCUGGCGCAAUUUCGGCAUCGUCAUUGCCUUCACCGUCUUCUUCCUUAUUUGCUACAUGAUUGCCGCCGAACUUGUUUCCGAGAAAAAAUCAAAAGGUGAAGUCCUCGUUUAUCGAAGGGGACACAAGCCGGCUGCGGCUAAGGAAGCUGAGAAGCGACACAACGACCCAGAAGCUGCCAUGGCCAAUAUUGGCCCAAUUAUCACGGCAGAGAAGAGUCGUGGACAAGGCAAGGAGGGUGGCAUUCUCCAGCAGCAGACGUCUAUUUUCCAGUGGCACGACGUUUGCUACGAGAUCAAGAUCAAAGGCGAGACUCGGAAAAUUCUGGAUCACGUGGACGGAUGGGUUAAGCCCGGUACUCUAACUGCACUUAUGGGUGUAUCCGGUGCCGGCAAGACUACUCUUCUAGACUGCCUAGCAGACAGAACCUCGAUGGGAGUUAUUACCGGAGAGAUGCUCGUGGAUGGACGACCUCGCGACAUGUCCUUCCAACGCAAGACUGGCUAUGUCCAGCAGCAAGAUUUACAUUUGCAGACAACUACUGUCCGCGAGGCACUGAACUUUAGUGCCCUUCUUCGCCAACCUGCUCACGUCCCGAAGGAAGAGAAACUGGCAUAUGUGGAGGAAGUCAUCAAGCUGUUAGAUAUGACUGAGUAUGCUGAUGCUGUCGUUGGUGUUCCCGGCGAGGGCCUCAACGUUGAACAGCGUAAGCGUCUCACCAUUGGUGUCGAACUUGCCGCCAAGCCCCCCCUGUUACUCUUCGUUGACGAGCCUACGUCUGGUCUGGAUUCGCAGACCUCGUGGGCGAUUCUCGAUCUUCUUGAGAAGCUCACCAAAGCUGGACAGGCCGUUCUCUGCACCAUCCACCAGCCUUCUGCCAUGCUAUUUCAGCGAUUCGACCGACUUCUCUUCCUGGCAAAGGGUGGAAAGACUGUGUACUUUGGAGACAUUGGCGAGAAUUCCAGGACCAUGACGGGCUACUUCGAACGCAACGGCGGACAUCCCUGCCCCGAGGCAGCUAACCCUGCGGAGUGGAUGUUGGAAGUCAUUGGCGCUGCCCCAGGAUCAGCUACCGACAUUGACUGGUUUCAAACCUGGCGCGACAGCCCCGAGUAUAGGGCUGUCCAGGAUGAGCUCGAGACCAUCAAGGCAGAGAAGCAGGCCGGCACCCCGGUCAGCUCUAUUGAACAGGACCCUGGCAGCUAUCGUGAAUUUGCUGCUCCCUUCAUGGUCCAGCUGAAGGAAAAUAUUCAUCGGGUCUUUCAGCAGUACUGGCGAACCCCUGUGUACAUCUACGCCAAGACUGCUCUCUGCACUCUCGUCGCCCUAUUCAUCGGCUUCAUCUUCUUCAGGGCUCCCAACAGUAAACAAGGCCUCCAGAACCAAAUGUUCGCCAUUUUCCAGCUCCUCACCAUCUUUGGUCAGAUGGUGCAGCAGUCCAUGCCCCAGUUUAUCAUUCAGCGAUCUCUAUACGAGGCCCGUGAACGUCCCUCCAAGGUCUAUUCUUGGAAGGUCUUCAUGCUUGCUCAAAUCAUCGUUGAGCUUCCUUGGAACUCGCUGAUGGCUGUCAUCAUGUACUUCUGCUGGUAUUAUCCCGUUGGUCUUUACCGCAACGCCAUCCCCACGGACGCCGUGACCGAGCGUGGCGCUCUCAUGUUUCUUUUCCUGCUCAUGUUCAUGCUUUUCACGGGUACCUUUUCGACCUUUAUUGUUGCCGGAUUUGAGACUGCCGAGGCCGGUGGUAAUCUGGCCAACCUGCUGUUCACGCUUUGCUUGAUUUUCUGCGGUGUCCUCGCCACCCCGGAAACUCUGCCCCGGUUUUGGAUUUUCAUGUACCGCGUCUCGCCGUUUACAUACCUUGUAUCAGGCAUGUUAGCUACGGGUGUCGCCAAUUCUAAAGUCGUCUGCGCAGCUAAUGAACUGCUUCGUUUCGAGCCUCCCUCCAACCAGACCUGCUGGCAGUACAUGGACAACUACAUUGGAGUCUUUGGUGGCCUGCUGAAGAACCCCGACGCCACAUCGACGUGCGAGUUCUGCACCAUCAGCGACACCAACGUUUUCCUCGCCGGCGUCAGCAGCGACUACAGCGAUCGCUGGCGCAACUUUGGUCUGCUCUGGGUCUUUGUGCUUUUCAACAUUGCCGCCGCUCUGUUUGUGUACUGGCUCGCUCGUGUGCCCAAGAACAAACUCGGCGGUAGGAAGGCGAAGAAGGAGUAA